UCAUGGCUGAAGUAGUUGUGUCCAACUUCAUUAACGGGAGUUUUGUACCUACAAGUUCUUACAUUCCAAGCUUCGACCCUUCGACUGGGAAAGUAUGGGCGAAAAUUCCGGACAGCGGUCAGGACGAGAUAAACAUGGCGGUAUCAGCAGCACAGACCGCCUUCAAAACUUGGUCGGUGAAGCCUGCCGAAGAGCGAUCAAAAGUUCUGAUGAAGAUCGCUGAUCUGUUGGAGUCUCGGCUGGCUGAGAUUGCAGAACUGGAGUCUCGUGACCAAGGAAAGCCUGUUUGGUUGGCCAAGGCUGUAGACAUUCCCAGGGCGGUAUACAACUUUCGUGUGUUCGCCACAUCUAUUUUACACGAUACAAAUAGGUCGUCGGUGAUGGAUGCGGUUGGUGCCGUGAACUACACUGUUAGAGAUCCUGUAGGUGUCGCCGGUCUCAUCAGUCCAUGGAACCUCCCGCUGUAUCUACUCACUUUCAAAAUAGCCCCAGCAAUUGCCACGGGCAACACAGUUGUGGCAAAACCUAGUGAGAUGACGUCGGUAUCGGCAUGGAAACUCUGCGAAAUAUUCAACGAAGCAGGUGUACCGCCAGGUGUAAUCAACCUGGUAUUCGGUGUGGGGCCCAAGGCGGGGGAGGCGCUGGUAGUUCACCCAGAUGUGCCCCUGAUAUCGUUUACUGGUGGCACGGUGACAGCCAAAAGACUUAGGACUUCCGCAGCACCUUUUUGCAAGAAACUCUCACUAGAGCUUGGAGGAAAAAAUCCUGCAGUGAUAUUUGCUGAUGCUGACAUGGACAAGUGUAUCCCUACAACUAUUAGAUCAAGUUUUGUGAACCAGGGAGAGAUUUGUUUAUGUACUAGUCGAAUAUAUGUGGAGAGACCUGCAUACCAAACAUUCCUAAAGAAGUUCAUCGAGGAAACCAAAAAAUUGAAGGUUGGAAACCCCAAAGAGGAUAGUAGUUUUAUGGGUGCUUUGAUCAGUAAAGAACACUUGGAGAAGGUCAAAGGUUAUGUUAAAAUUGGUGUGGAGGAAGGGGCCACAAUAUCCUGUGGUGAAGGAGUUGACACUCUUGACCUGCCUGCAGGAAUUAAAGAUGGAUAUUUCAUGAGACCUACUGUGAUCACGGACCUGAAGGAGAACUCUCGUCUGUUGAAGGAAGAAAUCUUUGGCCCAGUUACUUGUGUGGUACCGUUUGAUACAGAGGAAGAAGCGAUUAUGAAAGCCAAUGAUGUACAGUAUGGACUUGCAGCCACGGUCUGGACCCAGGACGUCUCUCGUCUCCACAGGGUAUCCAGGAAAAUACAGGUGGGCACUGUAUGGGCUAACUGUUGGUUGGUACGAGACCUCAAUAUGCCGUUCGGUGGAAUGAAGGAUUCUGGGAUAGGAAGAGAAGGCUGUGUGGAAUCAAUGGACUUCUAUACCGAGCAGAAAACAAUUUGUAUAAAAUUAUAAAUACAAGGAAUGGUGAGAAAUGUUAAAAGAUUAAAAAAACAAAUUAAAAUGAUGAGAAAGGGUUAAACAGCUAGCCUUGAUUGAAGGCAUUAAAACGUUUUGUAUUUACUGUUACAUUUUUACCAACAUUUUAUAAUUUUUUGACAGCAGCUUUAUACAGGCUGUAAAUGUGUAACACGUCAGUGUUUUAUUGUCUAAAAUCACAUUUAGGUUUUAGACAUACAGUAACUCAUGUGAAGGUUGUAUCAAUUUUUUUUUUUUUUUUUUUUUACCGGUAAGUGUGUGUACAAACUUUUGCUAAAUGUAUUAUGACCAAUGACUAUUAAUUAUGUAUCAAAGUGAAUGGAUAAGGAGUGUACGAUUGAAGAAUCAAAAUUAAGCUUUAAAUACUCAAAGUGGAUUGCUUGAAUUAAUAAUUACAUAUAUGUACAUAUUAUUUUACUAGUCUAAAAAUGGGUAUUUUGUGAGUAAUAUACAAGUAGCUAUUAACCAGAAUUUGUCAUUGUACCUCAUCCUUGUAAUCUUGUUUCUGAUUGGUCAAUACAGUAUCAUGUGAUCAAAAAACAUUGUUAUGUCAUCUACAAUAACUCUGCAUUACUUUCAAUUUCCUUUAUGUUGCCUCCAAAUUUUUAUAUUGACCUCAUCAUAUGACCCCUCAUGGGCCUCUUCCGGGUAUUCUCUAGUAAUGACAAUUUUAAUAUUGGCAAAAGUUUCGAACUAUCACAAGGACACUUAACGUGAACAUACCGCAGCAAACACGCAUGCAUAUCGCACGCAUGGGAGGCCGUCCUUAAAUGACCUUAGCUGUUGAUAGGACGUUAAUCAAAUAAAACCAAAGUGACUUACAGUACGCUAGAUAGACCUUGUCCCAUAUUCUUAGAUGUAUCUGAUGUCCCUUGUCCCACAUUCUUAGAUGUAAUUGAUGUCCGAACGAAGGAAUGCCCCUUUAAGUUUACUUAUGGGGGUACAGGUAUAUGACCAUGUUUAUUGAAUAUAAGGGGAGAUUUGGUUUUUGAUAUAUUAGGGGGAGCCGUUCAAAAUUCUGUACAAAGUCGGGGCCCUACAAUGCAAAUACGACCUCUGCUUAUUACCAAAGAAAUAACCAUCCCUGAAUUCGACACAUCCUUACUAAAGCUUGUAAAAAAUUCUGAAUUCUGUUAAAGGAAAACAUGGAGCAUUCAUUGUGUUUCAACAUUCAUUGUUUUUGUGGUUGCUAUGGAACCACAAAUAUAAACACAACAAAUAUUGUUAUAUGUAUUAUUGUUAAAUUACUGUUGCAUCGCCUUACCACGAAAGUUUGUAUACCCACAAACUAAUUUGAAAGCACCUGCUCCAGACCACGAAAGAAGGAAUCACAAACAAUUCAUGUCAUACUGAAUAACAAAUGAAUUCUCCUGGUUUCAUGGAAUUCGUUAUAAACAAGUAUAACUAACAAUUUUAUGUAAUUUGUCGUAAUAUUUUAUUAUGAAAGCACCGACAUUCCAGAAAUAUCUGUGUGGCUUUAAUGUUAAAAUGGUUCCUCUAGCCAAACUAACUGACAAAUAUUAACUGUCUAUUUUAGUUAAGGAAGUCUAUAUUUGUUAAGGAAUAUAAUGUUAUAUUUGAGAAACCGUACAUGUAUAUAUUUAUAAACAGAACAUGUAUAAGAUAUUUAUAAUUGUUACAUCCGGUUUGCGUGUUUAUGAUGUUUAUAAUGAAUAUAUACUUAAACAUUCUAUAUCAGAUAAAACACUGUUAAUGUGUAUUUCUAUGAGGUUGUGCAGGGACUACGUACACUGUAUGUGCAACCCUUUGUGUGGGGACGUUUACUGUAUGUACGUCCCUUUGUGUGGGGACGUUUACUGUAUGUACGUCCCUUUGU